CAGUUUGGACUUUCGCUGUGUGAAGUGUCCAGAUCGGUGGCAUAUGUCGUUUCGUGUGCGAUCGGUUUGGCUUAUUUCGCUCUGCGUCAAUUCUCAGCACUCAACCCAGCUCUCAUAAUCGAUAUUUAUGGUGCACCAUGGCGACCAUCGAAUCGUUCAUGCAGUACACGUUGUGCGAGCUCUGCCGGGUGAGCCACAACGUUGGGAAGAAGCACGUGUAUUCGAAGAAACAUCAACAAAUUGUCAGAAAUGUGUUGGCGAAGUUCCUCAAGAAAGUGCAUGAAGCGAAGCAGUUCCUGAAGAAACCCGAAGUGCACGAUUUGCUUUGGGAAGAUGGAGCCAAAGUUUGGUGCUACUUUUGCGCUGCGGAGAUUGAGAAACACGGGAGAAACGUCGACGAAGCUUUGAGCGUUCGCAGCUACAACUUUCUCUUGCACCUCGCAACAGCAGAGCCUCUUAUUAAGGCUGCAGAAAAGGCCUACCUUGAGAAGAUGGAAAGGCUGCAUCAAAAGAAUGUCUCAGCCAUCCUAAAAGCCGACAAGCAGCGGAAGGACACUGUGAUGAAAGCCCGCCUCGAGCGGGCAAUAUUGCAAGGGAUGACGGGCAACAUCCACACCGGUGCAAAGCCUCCUUGGCUGUACGAAGAGAGCGAGGAAGAUGAUGAUGAGGAGCCAACCACGCCCAAACGUCCAUGCAUUGGAGAGGUCUCUAAAACUCCCAUUGGACCCACGAUGGAGGACUUCCAGAAACAUUUGUUCCUGGAGAAAAGAAAAAAGCUCAACCCGAACAGGGUGGGGGCAAAUUUCGACCACUUUUCGAAGACUUCGGAAGAAUGGCUGCCAUCGUUUGGACGUGUGUGGAACUUUGGCAGGAGAUGGCAGUCGAGGAGUCAGUACCGAAAGGAAGAGAAGGCUGCAGGAAAAUGGAAGAAGCCAAAGGAAAGUUAAACUGAGCCUGGACAAAGACGUAACAGGAAGGACCCGGUUAACCACUUUCUGUAAAUACAUAGUAACAAUAAAUUAUCCAUAAUUUUCUCAAACUC